AUGCUUGAGAGACUCGACCAGAAACGCGACGAAAAGCUUCGCGUUGAGAGGGAGACACGAGAGCAGGAGAAUCGCCAAAGACAGGACACCAUGGACGCUACAGUCCAGGAAAUUCUCGUGAGUGCCAACUUGGAGAUUAUAAGAGAACAGCUGAGAGAGCGUGUGAGAGAGCUUAAUGAGCAAGAGAGGCGAAUGAGAGAGCAAGAAGCAGAGCGACAGGAAACAGAGCGGCAAGAGAGGGAGCGACAGGAAACGGAGCAACAAGAGAGAGAUCAGCGAGAGAGAGAGCAACAGGAGAGAGCUCGCGAGGACGAGAGCCAGUCUCACAAGCGCAGGCGCUACAACUAG